AUAAAUGCAUAUGUUGAAAAUGGAACCUACCUAAAGGGUCCCCUUGACGACAGCACAUCCUCUGUGCAGCAGCGUUCUCACAAGAUUGAAGCUGGUUCUGCAGCAGAGUAAAGUAACCCAGUCAUUGAAAAUGUGCUGAAGAUUUCUGUGCUGCAAGUCAGACACUUCAGAGAUGACUGAACCCCUCAUCUGUGUGAGCAUUAGCAGGGCAAUUUGCUUUUGAAUGAAAAUUCGUUCCUAUUGUUGCGCCUCUACAAAAAUGCAGAGUUUGAAGAGCACAGACUUCAAGCAGAUGAUCCCAUUUACAAUGACAGGACAGUGAUGACAACUGUUGGUGAACAAGAUUCGAGAAAAAGGAACCCGGACGGUAGGGAAGAGGUUCUUAGAUGACAUUCAGCUCCAGAGCAUUCCUCUUCACCUUCUUUUGUGACAGCCUUUUGUUCUUUGUUACCUUCUCUUACGCGGAAUUUGCACAAGGAGCAUGGAUUAAGAAGAUCAGCAAUUUAAUUGUUUUCAAGCAUAGAAGCUCACAUUGCUUUAAUUAAAAAUCCUUUGGAAAUAUCAUUAAUAUAGCUUUAAAAAUCCGAAUGAAAGAACAAUGACAUAAACACUUGUGAUGGCAGCUAAACAUCACCACGGGGUUGGGAGCAGGAAGGACUCAGAACCUUGCAGCAAAUGUGACUGACUGAAUCUUGACCCUGUCUUCUAGCUUUAUUGAAAAGUUUAUCUAGUUGGUAUGAUUAUUACAUCAAUAUCAUUAUCCUGGGAAGAAUAAACUCAAUGAAGAGGUCUUUCAAAACUGAAGUGAAACCAUUGUGUAAGAAAGUUGAACAGUUUGAAGAAAGAAUACAAAGAAAAAGAAAGUAAACAAUACACGGUUUUCUAUUGUGAGAAUUUGGAGUCUACAACGUAGCUGAUUUUACACAAUGCUGAGAGAUGGGACUUAUACACUGUUGGGCCGUUUCUUUCUGCCUUUUUCUUUAUACUGGAUCCCGAGUACAGUUCUGAUUGCCUUCGUUCACUAGAAGAAGGAGAUUAGGUAUUUUGUUCAAUGGUUGAACUUCAAAAAUAGUCAUACAGAGUUACAAUAAUAACAGCACUAAUGCUGCAAACUGCGUUGUGGUUCUAAAUUGCAACUCUCUUGAUAAACAAUCCAUUAACAGCAGAUUUGCAAAAAAAAAAUGAUCCUGCAUAUGGUCAAGAUUGAUAGAGAAGAUCUCUUAGACUGAGACCAGAAGUUUUUGUUUUGUGCAUUAAGGUGUCUGCCCAGUUUCAAUUUAAAGGAUUGGGAGGAAUCCCUGCAAAGGAACAUCCAUGGAGAUGAUGCAUGUGAAUAAUUUCCCUUUCAGGAGGCAUUCAUGGAUAUGCUUUGAUGUGGAUAAUGGCACAACAUCAGGUCGGAGUCCCUUAGAUCCAAUGACGAGUCCUGGCUCAGGACUCGUUCUACAGGCCAACUUUGUACAUAGUCAACGACGGGAGUCCUUCCUGUACCGGUCUGAUAGCGACUAUGACCUCUCUCCAAAGUCUAUGUCAAGGAACUCCUCCAUUGCGAGCGACAUGGGGUCCCAGCGUCCUCCACCAGAAAAUCCGCAAUGCUGGCCUGUGGGUUUGACACCGUUGAUUAAUCGCCGUCAGAGGCCCUGUUUGGUUUCACGGAGAUCAGAACCAGUGCUUUCACUGAUGAUAGGAAAUCAUGGAGAUGACCUAAUAGUGACUCCCUUUGCACAGGUGCUAGCAAGUCUGCGCACUGUAAGGAACAACUUUGCUACACUAACCAACUUGCAAGAUCGAGCAUCCAGCAGCAAGCGCUCACCAAUAUGUAACCAACCACCCAUGAAUAAGCCAAGUUUCACAGAGGAGGCCUACCAAAAACUUGCAACAGAGACCCUGGAGGAGCUUGACUGGUGCCUGGACCAGCUGGAGACCCUGCAGACCAGGAAUUCUGUCAGUGAAAUGGCCUCCAAUAAGUUCAAGAGGAUGCUCAAUCGUGAGCUUACUCACCUCUCUGAGAUGAGCCGAUCAGGCAACCAGGUCUCUGAGUUCAUAUCCAGUAUAUUUUUAGAUAAACAACAUGAAGUUGAAAUUCCAUCACAAGCACAGAAAGAAGAAAAGAAAAAGAGACCAAUGUCACAGAUCAGUGGGGUGAAGAAACUCAUGCACAGUUCAAGCUUAACAAAUUCUAGCAUUACUAGGUUUGGAGUCAAGACCGACCAGGAAGAUCUUUUGGCAAAGGAAUUGGAAGAAAUUAACAAAUGGGACUUUAACGUCUUUAAGGUGGCAGAAUAUUCUGGAAACAGACCUUUAACAGUUGUCAUGUACACAAUUUUUCAGGAGCGGGAAUUGCUAAAAACAUUCAAAAUUCCACCGGACACUUUAAUAACCUACUUGAUGACCCUGGAAGAUCAUUACCAUGCAGAUGUAGCUUUUCACAAUAACAUUCAUGCGGCAGACGUUGCUCAGUCCACUCAUGUUUUGCUAUCUACGCCUGCAUUGGAGGCUGUCUUUACCGAUCUGGAGAUCCUUACUGCAAUAUUUGCAAGCGCUAUUCAUGACGUGGAUCACCCAGGGGUUUCAAACCAGUUCCUUAUCAAUACAAAUUCAGAACUCGCCUUGAUGUAUAAUGAUUCGUCGGUACUGGAGAACCAUCACUUGGCUGUUGGCUUCAAGCUUCUGCAAGAAGAGAACUGUGAUAUUUUCCAGAACUUGACGAAGAAGCAAAGACUGUCACUGAGGAAGAUGGUCAUCGACAUUGUUCUUGCCACAGACAUGUCCAAACACAUGAAUUUACUAGCUGAUUUGAAAACAAUGGUAGAAACGAAAAAGGUGACGAGUUCUGGAGUACUCCUUCUAGACAACUAUUCAGAUAGAAUACAGGUUCUGCAAAAUAUGGUGCACUGUGCGGAUAUAAGCAACCCCACAAAACCUCUUCAGCUGUACCGGCAGUGGACAGAUCGAAUAAUGGAAGAGUUCUUUCGCCAGGGAGACCGAGAAAGGGAAAGGGGAAUGGAAAUAAGUCCCAUGUGUGACGAGCACAAUGCCUCCAUUGAAAAAACACAAGUGGGCUUCAUCGACUACAUUGUCCAUCCUCUAUGGGAGACAUGGGCUGACUUAGUCCACCCUGAUGCACAAGACAUUUUAGAUACACUGGAAGAUAACAGAGAAUGGUAUCAGAGCACAAUUCCACAGAGUCCUUCACCUGCCCCUGAUGAUGGCAGUGAAGGGCGACCAGGACAAGUGGACAAGUUUCAAUUUGAGUUAACACUAGAAGAAGAUGGUGAAUCAGAAACUGAAAAAGACAGUGGUGGUAGCCAGGGUGAAGAUGACAACAGCUGUAGUGACUCCAAGACUCUUUGCACUCAAGACUCCGAAUCAACAGAAAUUCCAUUGGAUGAACAAGUGGAUGAAGAAGAGGGACCAACAGAUGCCUCCGGGGAACAGGAGGCAGAAGAAGAAGCGAAAGCUGUAGAUACAUAAUAAUGUUGACAGAGAAGUUAUCUUGGAAGAAUCUUCCAAGCACACGUGUAGCUACAGCUAAUGCAAAUUCCUCAUCCUCAUUGACAGUACUUUGUAUAUCACAAAGCCAGGAAUCAUCUAGAUGACUCUGUACUCAGGAAUAACAUGUCAGAAUUUCAGCUCGACGUCAUCAUUACAGCAUGGGAAAUCUAGUUAAAAACUGAUCAUUACUACUAUCAGAUUUAUGAAUCCGAAAUAGCAAUGGAUUGCUUCUGGUGGGAAGAAUUGUUAAACCAAAUGUGGGUUUUUUUUUUCACAAAGCUGUAGCAGUUUGAGCUUUAUUUCCAUUUACAGAUGACAAGAAAGUAUGGAAAUACAUUCAUGAGAUUAUGCUGCAGACACUGGUUUCUUCAAAUGCUUCAGUAAUGAAGAUUGAAAUGCACAGUAUUGUAUGAGGCUGUGGUUAGAGGAGAUUUGUCACCAAUGGGAAGUUUGAUCAUUUAUGAAAUCACAAGACGUUUUAUAAUUUCAAGUCUUCCUUGAAGCCUGACUGUAAAAACUGUACUGCUACAAGCUGUACUGACCUCUUUUUGUAUCAUAUGUAAUACAGAGAACUUUUUUAGAUUUUACUUUUGUUAAUACAGAUUUAUGGAAGUAUUAUAUUUAAAAAUACUUUGAAUUUUCAUUUGUUAUUGGUAGAUAUACUAGUAACUUGCAAGUUCUCUGUACAAUUCUGUAUGCUGAGUGCAAGUAGUUUAUCAUCAUACAUAUUAUGAUUUUAUGAAUUUAAUACCAUUUAAAGCAAUUAUUCUCUGGGAAUAAAAAUGCCAGAAGUCCCCAGAUGCUGCAUUUUUCUUUGUUAAUGAUUGCAUUGAAAGGCAUUGGAUCUGAAUGAAACCUUUGAUUUAUAUGUUGCCCCAGCAGCUUGUGGAAACUCAUAGAUAGCAGACAAUCAACCUUGAUAGGCUGUCUCCAGAAUUGGGCAUAAAAUGCACUGAAUUUCACAACACUCAAAUUUUCUUGCCAAAAUAUGCUCAAGCUGCGGACAGCUUGUGACGGUAAUGCAAGCAAAGUUACGUUGCAUUAUUGUGAAGAUUCAGAUGAAAAAUUUCCAUAUUGUGUAAAACCGUGCAGCCACGGUAAUGUAGCGGUUAGCGCAAUGCUCUGGGUGUUCUGGAGUUCGAGUUCAGUUCUGGUGCCGUUCGGUAAGGAGUCUGUGUGCGUGGGGCUUUGCCCGGGAGCUCUGGUUUCCUCCCGCAGUCCAAAGAUGAACCAUGGCGGCUAAUUGGUAACUGUAAACUGUCCUGCGAUUAGGUUAGGGUUAAUUGGGUUCGCUGGGGCGGCGUGACUCAAAGAGCCAGAAGGGCCUACUCCGCACUGUAUCGCUAAAUAAUAUAAAUACAAAUAAAUACUGUAUGGCGGCAUGUAGCUCCAAAUUAGUACACCUAGGCUUGCAAGUUACUGUACCAAUGCAAAACUUUUACUUCCCCACCUACCCAACCCCACCAACAUGCCCACACCUCCCACUCCCCACCCAUCCAUAUCAGGAUGUUUUGGGGAGAACUUAUAGAUAGAACAAACUGUAAAACUUGAAUAGGUCUGGCUGUUAAGGAGCACCUACUGAAUGAGCUUAUUUUUCUCCAUUAUUUAAUUUUGUUGCCAUACCUUUUUCCUCACCAAAUGACCUUACUUGUAAUCCAGUCUUGUUUGUCUCUGUUUACAACCAUGUAUUUAUUGAACUGUACAUACUGUAAUGUUCAUUGUAAAUUAUUGAUUCUUAUUAUAACACAAUUCCUAAUGGACUGGUGUUACUACAAUAGAAUCUCUUUGUGAAAAAAUGAAUAUACUUAUAUCUGUAAAUUUUCUUCUAUAAUAUUAUGCCAUCUGUAGCUUGACAAAGGAGAACUUGAGGAAAUCAACACUUGAUGUAAACGGUUGUAGGCCUUUGGCCCCAGGGUUGUGCCUUAACUUUCUCCAAUAUAUUGUUACUGUCUGCUGCAUUUCAAAGCUUACUAGUCAAGUGACAGUUCGAUGAAAGGGGAGAUUCUUUCCUAUUAAAAGCAGAGCCUCCUUUGACACGUAAACUGUAGAUUUCAGCAGCCCUGGCCCAAAGGAAUUGGACUUCUUUUUCUUUUUGAAUUAAACCAUAAUAAAAGGGAUUACAGACAAUUGUUAUCUACAGAGACUCCUGAACAAUUUAUUUUGUUUUGAAUAUGUCUUUAGAGCAGCAACUUGUCUGAUGGUUGCAAAAGAAGAAUCUUUCAAUGGUUUUCCUAAUCUCUUACAGUCUAUGGUAUAGCACUGUAUGUAUAUCAUGCUGAGAAACCUUCAUAAAAUGUUUUUAUAUGCAAUGAUAAAAAUAAAAG